AUGUUACGUUAUUCUUUCUUUCUUUCUUUCUUUCUUUCUUUCUUUCUUUCUUUCUUUCUUUCUUUCUUUAUUAAUAUCUUUGUUUCUUUCCUUGCUUCCACUUCUAUGUUACGUUAUUCUUUCUUUCUUUUCUUUCUUUUCUUUCUUUCUUUCUUUCUUUCUUUCUUUCUUUCUUUCGUUUCCUUUCUCUUUAUUAAUAUCUUUGUUUCUUUUCUUGCUUCCACUUCUAUGUUGACGUUAUUCUUUCUUUUUUUCUUUCUUUCUUUCUUUUCUUUCUUUUCUUUCUUUCUUUCUUUCGUUUCCUUUCUACCUUCCUUCCUUACAACUCUUUUUCUAUCACUUUUCUUUGGUUUAUUAAUAUCUUUGUUUCUUUCCUUGCUUCCACUUCUAUGUUACGUUAUUCUUUCUUUCUUUCUUUCUUUUUCUUUCUUUCUUUCUUUCUUUCUUUCUUUCUUUCGUUUUCCUUUCUACCUUCCUUCCUUACAACUCUUUUUUCUAUCACUUUUCUUUAGUUUAUUAAUAUCUUUUUUUUCUUUCCUUGCUUCCACUUCUAUGUUACGUUAUUCUUUCUUUCUUUCUUUCUUUCUUUUUCUUUCUUUCUUUCUUUCUUUCUUUCUUUUUCUUUCCUUUCUUUCCCUUCCUUCCUUACAACUCUUUUUUUUUAUCACUUUUCUUUGGUUUAUUAAUAUCUUUGUUUCUUUCCUUGCUUCCACUUCUAUGUUACGUUAUUCUUUCUUUCUUUCUUUCUUUCUUUCUUUCUUUCUUUCUUUCUUUCUUUCUUUCUUUAUUAAUAUCUUUGUUUCUUUCUUUGCUUCCACUUCUAUGUUACGUUAUUCUUUCUUUCUUUCUUUUUUUUUCUUUCUUUCUUUCUUUCUUUCUUUCUUUCGUUCCUUUCUCCCUUCCUUCCUUACAACUCUUUUUUCUAUCACUUUUCUUUAG